CUUAUGUUAUAUAGAUAUCUAACAAUCUCCCUAAUCUACCAUUCAAGUCAACCCUACUCAGAUUCUUCGGCCAAAUAUUGCCAUUCUCUCUUUCAGGCUCUUGUUCUUCUCAUGGGAAAAUAAAUAGACUUGUUCGGAGAUUCCGAUUUGGGAAUCGGCCGCCGCCCAAGUAGUCCACACAUUUUGCGCUAACUUUUCGCGACGUUUCUCUCCUCAUCUCCGUGUUGAUCGCAUCGCUGUUCAGAAAUGCUGCAACUUCUGUUCGCUGUUGCCUUUUCCGCCGUGCCUCUCACCAUCUACGUCCCUCCGAUCCGAAACUUCAAUCUCUUCGUUCGGACCAUCGAGGACUUCUUGCGAGAGACCACCACCUACACCAUUAGAGCUUAUCCUCGCGUGAGAUUCGCUCUCUCGCGCAUCUUCAAUUCCCUCGUCCGCACAACCAGAGUUGACUCUCGUUUCUGUAACGAUCAUUGUUGGAAAAUCUCAGUGGUUUUCACUUUUCAGAGAGAGAUCUCGUCGAUGUUUUUUUGUAAUGCUGCUCAAUUCCAUGUAUUCUUGUGCCGGUAUUAAAAAAAUCGAAUAAAGGUUCAGGACUGAUUCGA